UCAGAUUUUUUUUCUUGAGGAAAAAUUAAAAUCUGAAUAUUGCAUCACUCUUUCUGUUGAUAUAGCCAGAAACGUCUCUCUUCUAUUUCUUGUCUUCAAAAUAUCACACAACAGUGAACACUAGUUCUUUCUCUAUCACCUCUUUUCAACCAAAGCUAUGGUGAAUCUGGGAUUGAUUUCUGGCAAUAAGUCGGUGAAUUCAGUGAAAAUAAGCUUUCGGUUACCGUAUCUUACUCAAUGGGGUCAGAGUUUGUUGGUGUGUGGCUCUGUACCGGUGCUUGGAUCAUGGAAUGUGAAGAAGGGUGUGUUGCUCACUCCCUUUCAUGAAGGGACUGAGCUUGUUUGGAGUGGAAGCAUCACAGUGCCAAAAGGUUUCGAAUGUGAGUACACCUAUUAUGUUGUGGAUGAUAAAAAGAAUAUUGUGAGAUGGGAGAUGGGGAAGAAGCACGAACUGAGGCUCCCCGAAGGUGUUCAGAGUGGCCAGGAGAUUGAGUUCCGUGAUCUUUGGCAGACUGGCUCAGAUGCUCUCCCUUUCAGAAGUGCUUUCAGAGAUGUCAUUUUCCGGCAAAGCUGGGAUUCGAGCAUCACGACAACUGCAGGAGUCAACUGCAUCAAUCUUGAACCAGAAGCGGAAUCCAUUCUCGUCCAAUUCAAAGUUUUCUGCCCCAAUAUUGAGAAAGACACAUCAAUAUACGUGAUAGGUAGCAAUACAAAGUUGGGGCAGUGGAAAGUUGAAAAUGGACUAAAACUCAGCUACGCUGGUGAAUAUGUCUGGCUAGCUGAAUCUGUGAUACAAAGGAGUGAUUUUCCAAUAAGAUAUAGAUAUUGUAAAUAUGGCAGGUCUGGGAAUGCUUCUAUAGAAAACGGUCCAAAUCGAGAAGUCUCCAUUAAUGCCUCAAGAAGAGAGGCAAAAUAUAUUUAUCUUUCGGAUGGCAUGAUACGUGAAACGCCCUGGCGUGGUGCUGGCGUAGCUAUUCCUAUGUUCUCUAUUAGGUCAGAAUCUGAUCUAGGAGUUGGAGAAUUUCUUGACCUUAAAUUACUAGUUGACUGGGCUGUAGCAUCCGGUUUCCAUUUAGUUCAACUUUUACCAAUCAAUGAUACAUCUGUGCAUCAGAUGUGGUGGGAUUCUUAUCCAUACAGCUCACUUUCAGUAUUUGCGCUGCAUCCAUUGUACCUGAGAGUACAGGCACUUUCUAAGAACAUACCAGAGGAGAUCAAGCAAGAGAUUGAGAGCGCAAAACAACAAUUAGACGGGAAGGAUGUUGAUUAUGAAGCUACAAUGGCUACUAAACUCUCAAUUGCUAAGAAAGUUUUCAAUCAAGAGAAAGACUUGAUACUUAAUUCGAGUUCCUUUCAGGAGUUCUUUUCAGAGAAUGAGGGUUGGUUGAAACCCUAUGCUGCCUUCUGUUUCCUGCGAGACUUUUUUGAAACAUCAGAACGAAGUCAAUGGGGCCGUUUUGCUCAUUAUUCAGAAGAUAAGCUAGAGAAACUUGUAUCUAAGGAAAGCCUGCAUUACGAGAUAAUUUGCUUCCACUACUAUGUUCAAUACCAUCUACAUUUACAAUUGUCUGAAGCUUCAGAUUACGCACGAAAGAAGGGCGUGAUCCUAAAGGGAGAUCUUCCCAUUGGAGUUGACAGAAACAGUGUGGAUACUUGGGUGUAUCCAAAUUUGUUCCGAAUGAACACUUCUACUGGGGCUCCUCCUGAUUAUUUUGAUAAAAAUGGUCAGAAUUGGGGCUUUCCUACUUAUAACUGGGAAGAGAUGUCAAAAGACAACUAUGCUUGGUGGCGAGCUCGAUUGACACAGAUGGGAAAAUAUUUCACAGCUUACAGGAUUGAUCACAUAUUGGGAUUCUUCCGAAUCUGGGAACUUCCAGAUCAUGCUAUGACAGGUCUAGUCGGAAAGUUCCGACCAUCUAUUCCUCUAAGUCAGGAAGAACUUGAAAGAGAAGGAAUAUGGGACUUUAAUCGCCUGAGCCGCCCAUACAUUAGGCAGGAAAUUUUACAGGUUUGUAGUCUACCUUUUAUGCUACAGAUGAAUUUACAUAAUGUGUCACUAAUUUAUCUUAAAGACGCUAUCUGGUUUUUUUUUCUAAUAUGUCUUGGAGACGUGCUACGUUAUAAUAUUUUUUUCUCAUUCUCUUUUCAGGAAAAAUUUGGAUCUGCUUGGACAUUUGUUGCAACAACUUUUCUGAACGAAUAUGAAAAGAACUGCUAUGAGUUCAAGGAGGAUAGCAACACAGAGAGAAAAGUUGCUUCCAAACUGAAAACUUCUACGGAAAGUUCUCUCUUGUUGGACAGUGAAGACAAAAUCAGGCGCAGUCUGUUCGAUCUUUUACAGAAUAUAGUUCUAAUACAAGAUCCAGAGAAUCCAAAACAUUUUUAUCCUCGUUUCAACCUUGAAGAUACCUCAAGUUUCCAGGCUUUGGAUGAUCAUAGCAAGAAUGUUCUCAAAAGAUUGUAUUUCGACUAUUAUUUCCAUCGUCAAGAGAAUCUUUGGAGGCAAAAUGCGCUGAAGACUCUACCUGCACUUCUAAAUUCAUCAGAGAUGCUGGCCUGCGGGGAAGAUUUGGGCCUCAUUCCAAAUUGUGUGCAUCCUGUUAUGCAAGAACUCGGUUUAGUUGGAUUGCGUAUUCAACGGAUGCCCAAUGAAUCUGACCUGGAAUUUGGUAUUCCUUCUCAGUACAGCUACAUGACGGUAUGUGCUCCAUCAUGUCAUGACUGUUCCACCUUGCGUGCUUGGUGGGAAGAAGAUGAAGAAAGAAGACAACGAUUUUUCAAGAAUGUGAUGGAGUCUGAUGAGUUGCCACCUGAUCAAUGCGUUCCAGAAGUUGCACAUUUUAUUAUAAGGCAACAUAUUGAAUCCCCAUCGAUGUGGGCGAUUUUCCCUCUCCAGGACUUGCUAGCAUUAAAAGAAGAAUAUACAGCACGCCCCGCAAUAGAAGAGACAAUCAACGACCCUACAAAUCCGAAGCACUAUUGGAGAUACCGUGCGCAUGUGACUCUUGAGUCAUUGAAUAAAGAUAAUGAGCUCAAAACCAUCAUUAAAGAUCUCGUACGUUGGGGUGGAAGAUCAAUUCCUCCAGAGGACUCACAAGUUGAAGCAAGUCCAAUCUCAACAUCAUCAUCAGCAGAUGCUGUUUCAGAAAAGCAACAGUUUGCUGGUAUCAGCGAAAAGAUCAGUCAUCCUUCUGAAUCUAAUGGAGUUCCAUCGAAGGGUCCUUUGGCCGUCCGUUGAUUGUACUUUACUUGUCCUUCAAUUCAGAUUUACAUAACUUUGCUACAAUAAGGAAAACAAUAAGGAUUCAUCCAUGUUAUGCCACUAGUAGUUCCCUAUGCUUCUAUGAUGUUUACUUUAUAAAGAUAAAAUAAAUUUAGAUGUAUAUGUCUAGGCCUAUAUGUGCCUAUAACUUGUAUCUAUUAUAAUAAAAUAUCCAAUUCUCCAUUUUUAUGAAUUGGAAAGUAUGUUUUCUUUUGGGUAACUA